AUGCCGGAUUCUCUAGCCAUCUUGGAAUCUGUAGCCAAGGAUGCGCGUUUCUACUCUUCGCGCAAAGACAUCAGCAUAAUUGAUAAAGCCAGAGCCAAAGUCGACAUUCAGCGUGUUCUGAUUGGCAGAAUGCCUCUCACAGAUGAGGAGUUUGCAGAGUUGGAAGAGUUUAUCCGGUGCAAUCUCGAGUCGCAGGCCCAGACUGAGGAGCGAGAUAACUUGACGGCGGCAUCUGAAGCUGCUGUUGGAGCCGAUUCGGACGACAUGAGCACCCACGACAACGCGAUGAGUGCUUCGAAGGCUGUGAGCGGCAACACUGGAGACACGGCAGAGUCCAACACAGCUUCCGCAAUCAACCACAAUGUUACAGCCGAGCACUCUCUUCCUCAUCACCCCGAGAACAUCCAGGAUGUCGAAGAAGCCGCAGAUAUCUCCCGUGUCUCGCCAACCUUUUCCAAGGAAGAGUCCACCGCAGAGAAGCUGCCAGCUUCGAAGGAAGUGCCGAGAAGCGAUCAUGACCAAAUCCGAUACAAGAAUCAGUUCAGCAUGACCAAGCCAAUCUUCAACAGACCGAGUCAGUCUCUACGCCCCGCCAGCCAGCACAGUGCUAGAGAAGGCGAUGCUCUGAACAUGUCGAACGGUGGCAAGCAAAAGUCAGAGAAGCGAGUUGCUUCCGACGACCAGAUCGCUUAUGACGAUCAGCUCAAUGUGCCACUCACAGCUGAGGACAGAGCCAAGUCUUUCAUGCGUCAACGUCUAUCGCAUUGGAAGGACGUUCUUGAGGAACAGAAACACUCUCUACCUGGCGAUGAGUCCAAAGAGGUCAGGCUGCCAGUUCCCCUAGACUUCAACGCCAGCAUGCUCAGCCGCGAAGACUACGAAGAACUCCUCGAAGACCCCUCGGGCUGCCAUUCCACCCACACCACAUCCUCCCCAGCCGUCUCUCCCUCAGAACAAUCCACAGCAACAACUGCCUUGCUCUACGGCCUCUCGGUCUUCAAAGACGCUUCCUCAGCUCAACAACAUGACAUGGUGACUUCGCUCAUGCACCCCAAAGUCAGAAUCUUGCAGCCCAGCUUGGCUUUUGAGAUGACUGCCUUGUUGCUGGAGAUUGAUACGUUGAAGUUGUUGAGCAUGACUGUUGACGAUGAAGCUUUGUUUGCGAGGGCGAAGAAAGUGGCUAGGGCUUGGGGAGUCGAAUUGUCGAACCUUGAGAGCGGUCCUGAUGGGGUUGCCUGGUGA